CAACACCCCGCGAACACCCUCAGCGCGCGCCGCUGCCUUCCUGAAUCCCUCCCAUUGCCGUAAUAUUUGCGCCUGUUUUUCUUCAUCCACGUUUGAACCUGGUAUCACCGUCCCCCACGCGUUCGAGACCCCCGAAGCACCUCCGUCAUGGCGAGCGCGCGUCGAACUUCCAAUUUCCCCGGCCGCCGCCCGGGGAGUAGGGGCCAGGAGAAGGAGGAAAUAUGGAAGCCUAUGUUAGACAACAUCUCAAGUGGGAAGCGGCUACCAGAGAAGAGCUUGCUAGUGCUAGGUGGCACGCCAGAGACACAGCGCGAGUUCCUGGAAUCAGUAGCAACAGAUCCGGCGAACAAUCGAAGGCCCCCGGACCGCGGGCGGAAGGCGCCAAUUGCGAACCAGUUUGCGCUGGGCUACACCUAUCAGGAUGUGCUUGACACAGAUCAUGAAGAUAUCCUCGCCCGCCUCUCGCUCUACCUCCUCGCAAACCCCUCACCCUCCUUCACCCCCCUGAUCAAGCCCUACCUAAACCCACGCACACUCCCGCACAUGCUUGUGGUCAUACUUCUUGACUGGAACCACCCGUGGCUGUGGAUACGGCAGCUUCGAGACUGGAUACGCGUACUGCGAUCACUUAUUCUCUCGCUCGACGACGCAUCGAAGGAGGUGCUUGAAGAGAACAUCGUGACGCUACAAGACAAGGGACGGACAAUGGGCGGAUCAGAAGGAAGCAGCGCGCUGGAGAACGUAAAAGUACCACUAGGCCUUGGGGAGUGGGAUGAACCGCUCGGCAUACCUCUUUGCGUCGUCUGCCAGAACGCCGAUAAGAUCGAAGCGCUAGAACGGGAACGCGGAUGGAAAGAGGAAGAGUUUGACUUCAUUCUGCAGUAUCUGCGCACGAUCCUGCUCAAGCAUGGCGCCAGCUUGGUGUACACGAUGCCUUCCGCGCCGGGCUCUCUGCAGACACUGAUCCAUUCGACGCUAGGGAUCAAGUCGCUGCUGAAGCAGAAACAACUAAAGCACAACGUUACGGACCGCGACCGGGUGCUCGUACCGCCCAAUUGGGACUCAUGGGCCAAAAUUAGGAUACUGAGGGACGGGUUUGACGUCGAAGGGGUCAGCCAGAAGUGGUCUGUCGACAUUGACAUCCCACGGCAUAUGAAGCCCCUGAUGAACGGGCAACCCGCUGCCGACGGAGAGACACAGGCAAAUAGCACACAGACAGUUGAAGUGCAAGGGGAAAGUCCCUCAGCGACCUCUAUAUACGAAGACACGAUCCGGAACCCUGAGACCGACUUCCCGCUUUCCGCCCUACACUCCAAGCAACCCAACGGCAUCGAGGUGUCUAGUAAAGAUGCACAGGACUUCCUCGUGGAGCAGCUCUCUGUCCUUGACGUACUACGCCGCGAAGAUGAAAAUGAUGCGAAGGUCAAAGCUGCACGAAAGGACGUGGAACCGACGUACAGGACAUGGUCCGAUGACGUGUCUGGUGUUGUGGAAGAGCACAUUGGCCCCGUGCAAUUUAACAUGGGUGGAAUUCAGGUGAAUGCCGAUGAGAUGGUCAAGCGAUUACAGGAUCGCGAAGCAAACAGAGCCAAUGAACCCGAGACGCCCAUGACUCCACCACCGAACGCCCAAGAUCCGAACAAGAUGGACAAUGACAAGCUCAUGUCGUUCUUCUCGGGUCUCAUUAACAAAGGCACCACGUCCUCGGCUAACAGUCCCAGAGGUGGGUAGUGCAAAUCGGUCUAAAGGUCGGAUUCAGGGCUCAGAAGAGAAGGAUGAGAAAGAUAGUUGGUCAUCUCGGAGGUUUUCGAGAAUUUCAUGUGCAGGAGCUAGGUUUGGAGCCUUUUCGCUUUCUGAUCAUCACAACAUUAUGGUCGUCGUUUCGGGUUCAACAUGGCUUUAUACCCCAGCAUAGUCUGUCUACCAAAUCUAUCUCUUAUGUCAGUCAGACAUCACCCUUUCC